AUGCCAAGGAGACGAAACGGUGAGAUACCCUUGCCCGACGGAUGGGAUUACGCGAGGGACUUCGACGGUAAACUGUAUUUUAUCGAUCACAACAGUAGGAAAACGACGUGGAUUGACCCGCGAGACAGAUAUACUAAGCCCCAAUCAUUCGCGGACUGUAUCGGCAAUGAACUGCCACUGGGCUGGGAGGAAGCCUAUGACCCUCAAAUUGGGCCUUACUACAUUAACCAUGUCAAUCAGGUGACGCAGUUGGAGGACCCGAGGCUAGAAUGGCUCAGCAUACAGGAGGCCAUGCUGAGGGACUACCUCCACACCGCUCAGGAUGCGUUGGAGGCGCACAAUUAUCGCAAACAGAAGCAAAACAGCUGA